GUGAGCUAACGAAGCAACGUUAGCUCGACGGGAUAAGUCCCGACAGAAAUAUGACUUAAAGUUUGCGUUAAAUAUGUAAUUGAUGUCUCAGACUCUGUCCUGGAACGUUUUCGGUAAACUAUUACGUUUACCUAUUUAUUGAAAACAGCUGGGAUUAUUCGUUUGCAGUUCAUAAUGUAAUUAACAGUCAUUUACAGACGGGACUAUUAGCAUCCGUGGAGCUAACGCAGCUAACAGCAACGAGUUAGUGUUUCCGAGGUUAAAGCUUUUAAAAGAUCAUGGUUUAGAGCUACAAGACGAAUCCGCACGGGUUUGUGAGACUAUGUGGAGAAGACCACGUCCUCUGUGGACACCUCCUCUGACCAUGUUGUCCAGCUGAGGACCGAGAGACUAGGGACAAAGUGGACCCAGAAGUGUUGACCAAGUUUCAGAAACCUGGAUGUACUACAACAUGUGAAAGUUGUAAACAAGGAUUGUGAAAAGGGGGGAAUCCCAGGGGGAGCCAGGAUGUCCGAGACGAUGAAGGUCGAAGCUGAUGAACCUGGAGGGUUCAGCUUGGAUCCUCCCAUACCUGCAGGAUCCACAUCAGGACACAAGGAGGAAACACAAGACAGCAAAGAUCUCAUCUAUCAGAUAUUGGUGAUUAAAGAAGAGGUUCCUCAUGACUGGAGCUCCUGUUUGGACCAGCAUGGCCCAGAGCCCCCCCACAUAAAGGAGGAAGAGGAGGAACAGUGGAUCAGUCAGGAGGAAGAACAGUUUGCUGGGAAGGAUGAAGAAGAAGAGAAACCUAAGAUAUCAGAGCCUAAGCAAAUUAAAACUGAAGAUAACAGGCAGAUAGAAGCUCCAACCAGCAGCUCAGCUGGACAGAUAAAAACAGAACCUGACGGAGAGGUCAGUGGAGGACCAGAACCAGAUAAUAACUUAGAACCUUUAUGUGCUUCUCAAGAAAGUCACACAAUAGUUUACAACAUAGGUAAUACAUCUAAUCCACUUUCCAAACUCACAUCUAAGAUAGAAGCACAAACUGAAGAGAAGCCAUUUGGUUGCAAAAUUUGUGGAAAAUGGUUCAAAUGUCAAACUUCUACUGAAAUGCACAUGUUGACACACAAUGGGAAGAGAGAACAUAGCUGUGACCUUUGUGGUAAAGUAUUUAAAAAGAAGAGUUCUCUUCAGACACACAUGAGAGUCCACACUGGUGAGAGACCAUUUGCCUGUGCUGAUUGUGGUAGGAGGUUUCAUAGAAAGGCGAUUCUUAAAAGUCACUUGGAGGUCCAUUCAGGGGAAAAGUCUUUUUCCUGUGAUGUUUGUGGUUCAGGGUUUAAAAGAAAAGAAACCCUUAAAAAGCACAUGUGGAUCCACUCUGCAGAGAAACCAUUUGUUUGUAGUGUUUGCAGUAAAGGAUUUUCACGACAAAAUCAUCUCAAAAGUCACAUGUGUGUUCACACAGGGGAGAAACCGUUUAUUUGCAGUGUUUGUAGUACAGGAUUUGCAUUACAGCAGAGUCUAAAGACUCACAUGCUUGUUCACACAGGUGAGAAACCCUUUAUUUGCAGUUUUUGUAGCAAAGCAUUUUCCCUACAGAGUCAUCUAAAAAGUCACAUGCGCGUUCACACAGGAGAGAAACCAUUUGUUUGUAGUGUUUGCAAUAAAGGAUUUUCACUGCAAGAGAAUCUGAAGAGACACAUGCGUGUUCACACUGGGGAGAAACCAUUCAUUUGUAGUUUUUGUUGCAAAGGAUUCUCACAACAAAACCAUCUAGAAAGUCACAUGCGUGUUCACACAGGGGAUAAACCAUUUAUUUGUAGUGUUUGCAGUCAAGGAUUUUCACGACAAGCUUAUCUGAAAAACCACAUGGAUGUUCACACUCCACAAGUUGAGGUAAGUUGACCUGUUACAGAUAAAAUACAGUUAAAGACCUUAUCUGACCACUAUGCACUUUUCAAUGUUUUGUAUAUUGUUGACUGAGAUUUUGAUGUAGCUAAAUUCUUGCCUGAGGUCCACACUGGGAGGAGGCAGCAUAACCAGAGGAACAGAGUUUGGCUGUUACCUUGGACGUUUACUGGCUUUCUGCUACAACAUAGGUAGAUUUAAGGGGGUAUAUGAACCACAAGCUUCCACAGAGUGGGAUUUUUGUCUUUUGUUUAGUUAUAAGGAUUUAAUGAAGCGCUUGUAAACAAACUUAUGUAAGCUGUUGGCCGGAAAGUUAAAGGGUGGCUAUUAUGUAUUUCUCAGGCACAUUGUGCCAUUUUACAGCACAAUAAAUUAACUAUUAUCUUAAGUUAUUAUAAAAAUGUUGUAUAUAUCAAAAACUUUAAAGAAAAUAAUUUGUCUUGACAAAGCAGACAAACUAAAAAAUAUGAACUCCCCUACCCACAUACAUCUCACUGUAGUAGAAACAUAUAUUUAUGUUUUUCAUUAUUGGCAGGGUUGCCCAACUCUAGUCCUUGAUAGCUAUCAUCCUGCAACUUUUAGAUGUCUCCCUUUUCCAACACACCAGAAUCAAAUUGUUCAUCAGCAUCUUUCAGCUUUGCAAAGGCCUGGUUACGAGCCAUUCAUUGGAUUCAGGUGUGUAGAAGCAGGGACACAUCUAAAAGUUAAAGGAUAGGAAAUCUCAGGUUCUGACUUUGGACACCCCUGAUUUAUGGUGAUUAGGAGUGUUUACCAUGGAGUAUCUGACUAAAAAUGAACCUCAGAAAUUUGAUGACAACUAUAUUUCUGGCCUUUUUGUUAAAGUGGAUUUAGGAGAAAAGAUUCCUUAAUGAUCGGUUUGAGUAAUCCAGAUAGAAAUGUAUGUUUAUUUAAUGAAUUUUCAUGUAUGGUCUUGUGUAACACUUCAAAGUCUGUGAUCAGAUCAUAUGACAUUUUUAAAGCUUGUGACAAAAAAGAAAAUAUGAAGUCAAUUCGAGAAAUACUAUCUAUUUAGCUUUUAUCCCCCUGCUUAUCCGUGCAGGGUUCUGGGGAACUGAUGCCUACUUACCUCAAUCAUUGGGUGAGAAGCAAGGUAUGCAGGUCAUCAGUCCAUUACAGGGUAACAGAGAUACACACAGGACAAACAACCAUGCACACACACCUAUGGACAAUUUAGAGAGACCAGUUGACCCAACAGUCAUGUUUUUGGCUGUGGGAUGAAGCCGGAGUACCUGGAGAGAACCCAAGCAUCUAAGGGAAUACAUGCAAACUCCAUCUAGGAAGAGUUUUCAUGUAUAACAGAUGUGAGCCAGUUUGGUGCAAGGCAACAGUGCAACUAAUAUCAACAUAAGUUUCUUUCAAAAGGUAUAGAUUUUUAACUCUUAGUGUUUGUUUGAUGUACAUAAACCACAUAAAAUGACAUGUGAUUAUAAAAGAGGUAUGUCAUUCAUUUUAAUAUGUAAGUUGCGCCAAAUUCACAAAAGCAGAAGUUGGUGGCAACAUUUUAAUCUUACCUUCAUAUGUUUACAUUUGAGUCCGUUUUUAUUUUCAAAUUCUGGUUCUAUAAAGUUCACUGUGCAUGUUUCUGGAUUUUAUUGUACCGUAUUUUCCGGACUAUAGAGCGCACCUCACUAAAAGCUGCACCCACAAAGUUUUUUUCUUUUAAAAACUGGAAACUUGCAUAUGUAAGCCGCACCGGGCUAUAAGCCGCAUGGUUCAAAGCGUGGGAAAAAAGUAGCGGCUUAUAGUCCGAAAAAUACGGUAAUUGUUUUUUUUUUAACUUUUGCAUUGAAUAUUUUUUUAUUUUCUGGGGAAAUAUUUUUGCCAAAAUUGGUUAGGUUAAAAUAAUAGAUCACUUAGGUGAAGUUGGGCUGAAGAAAGUGAUGCCAAAGAUGUUAACACACUGAACAAAAUAAAAUGAUUUUUUGGAGGGGAUAUUUACGUUUUCAUUAUGUAAAGCAGUUUGAAUUCCUUUGUUGCUGAAAUGUGUUACAAAUAAACUUGAAUAAAAUUUCUUUUUUUCAGUUCUAACAACCAGAA